AUGACAUCAACCGGAUUAGUUUAUAUGAUGACACCUGCAUUAGCAUGUUUUUAUGGUGGUUUAGUUGAAAACAAAAAUUUUCUCAAUCAAUUGUUUCUAUCAGUUGUUUGUAUGGCAAUUGUACCUGUUCAAUGGUGUUUAUUCGGUUAUUCAUUUGCUUUUGGACCAGGAAAUUCAGUAUUCGGCUCAUUUGAAUAUGCUUUACAACGUAAAGCUGCUCUUAUUAGUGUGUAUGGUGAAUAUGUCGAUAACAUCGAUACAACUACGGUUUCAACAUUCGUACUCAUUGCUUUUGAAUGCUCAUUUGCAACUCUGACUCCAGCAUUAAUUAGUGGUGCUGUUGUUGGAAGAAUGAAACUUAUUCCAUAUAUAAUAUUUAUUUUUCUUUGGACAACUUUAUGUUAUGAUCCUCUGGCAAGAUGGAUGCUUUUUCAUGAAGGUUGGCUGUAUAAAAUGGGUAUCAUCGAUUUUGCUGGCGGUCUUGUUGUUCAUGUAUCAAGUGGAAUAUCAGGAUUAGUUGCUGCUGUUAUUCUGGGUUCACGAGCUCAUUUUGAUCCGGAUGUCGCAAUUACAGGUUCCAGUAAUCUUCCGUUUACUAUUUUGGGCACAGGCCUGCUCUGGGUCGGCUGGAUAGGGUUCAAUGGAGGUUCAGCACUUUCUGCUAAUGGUCUUGCUUCAUUAGCUGUUGUUAAUACAAAUGUAAGUGCUGCAUCAAGUAUGAUUAUUUGGAUGGUUCUUGAUAUUAUAGUUGGUAACGCAAGAGGAAAUACAUCUAAUGUUAUUACAAUUCGAGGUCUUUGUUCGGCUACUAUUGUUGGAUUUGUUGUAAUAACACCAGCUGCUGGUUAUGUACAGCCAGGUUAUGCAAUUUUAAUGGGUUUUAUUGGUGGUUUUAUUGUUUAUUUAUUUCUUGAUGGUAAAAAACGGUUUUUUCAUGUUGAUGAUACCCUCGAUGUAUUUAGUUGUCAUGGUUUGGGUGGUUUAAUAGGAACAAUUUUAUCUGGAUUAUUUUGUCAAACAGAUGUGAAUAGUGAUGUAAAUAAUGGUGCAUUUUAUGGUAAUCCUAUACAACUUUGGUAUCAAUUAAUUGGAAUGUUUAUAACUUGUACUUAUUCAGCUGCAUGUACAGCAGUUAUUCUAUUAUUAAUGCAUUUUACAAUUGGUAUUCGUAUAGAUCGAGUAGCUCAAGUUCGUGGUUUAGAUAAUAUAGCACAUGGAGUUAUUGAACAAGGUCAACCACAAACAUUACAAGAAAUAAAAAUGGCUAAUAUGAGAAAAAGAAUGGAAGAAUCCAAUAAAGUUGCAACAAUUACAAUUGAAACAUAA